AUGGCGAGUCUGUUGAACCUGGAGGGACUAGGGGUGCGCAACGAAGCUGGGCCGCUCGAGGAUAGAGACGGCGGCAGUGGCCUUCUGACGCUGCUUCACAGCAAUAGCCCGGGGCACAUAUACUCUGCGGGCUGCUGCUCUGGUUCAGAAGGUUGGUCUUGUCUCUCGCGUGUGGCGUGGUUGCUCUCCAUCUUUGACCCCAUAGCAGGAGAUGAAGUUGACGUCGCCGGCCUUGCUGUAGGUAACGUGACCCGGAGAUCUCCCUUUCUUCCACCACCAAAACACGCGCCUGAUCCUCCUCCUCCCGCUGCUCCCUCUCAUCCUCAGCCACGGCCUGCAUACAUCACGCCCAACCCGCCAGCCUUUUCCCUUCCAUUCCUUCCUUUCUUUCAUUCUGUCAUUCCUUUGCGUCUUCUCUUUCUUUUGUUUGCCUUCUUCUUCUUCUUCUUCUUCUUUUUAACUGUUCCCGGAGCAAACAUGAUUUCCUUUCGAAAAUGCGUGGUCAUCGCCUUUUUCAUCCUUUCUGGCAUCUUCCUGCUGCAUACAGCCCACAUCAAGCCCACGCUGGCUAAGGCUGAACCGGGGACUCAUCGCCAGCGGUCAGAGCCACAGAACGCUCGACUCACUACUAAGCUGGGGUCCAAGGCCGAUUCUACAUCUGAACAGGAACCUGAACAGGUGUCCGAGCCCGAGCCUGAGAAAGAGCCUGAGCCGGAGCCAACUACACUCCGGGGCCGUCUUAAAUACCAUUUCCCCUAUGGCGUAAAGGCCAAGUUCCCUGGAUACAUCUGGCAGACAUGGAAGUAUACGCCUGCAGACGGGGAGUUCGACCCUAUGCUACGGCCGUUAGAAGCGAGCUGGACCGAACUGCACCCUGGAUUCGUGCACCAGGUCGUGGACGAUGAGAGUGCGAUCUACUUCUUGAAAUACCUCUACAGUUCCUUCCCGGAGAUUAUCGAAGCAUACGAGUCAAUGCCCUUGCCGGUUCUCAAGGCUGACUUCUUCCGAUACUUGAUUCUUCAUGCUCGAGGAGGAAUAUAUUCUGAUAUCGACACCACCGCCCUUCGAUCAGCAACAGAUUGGAUACCAUCAACGUUUGACCGGUCAACUUUUGGGUUGGUCGUGGGCAUUGAGGCGGACCCAGACCGUGCUGACUGGGCGAAGUGGUAUUCUCGCAGGAUUCAAUUCUGUCAGUGGACCAUCCAGUCGAAGCCAGGCCAUCCUGUCCUGCGGGACGUCAUUGCUAGCAUCACGGAGGAUGCCCUGCGCAUGAAGGAGGAAGGAAUUCUCACGAAGAAGGGUAUGGACAAAUCAAUUGUGGAAUUCACCGGCCCUGCGGUCUGGACGGACGCUAUCUUCAGACAUUUCAAUGAUCCCCUCGCCUUCCCCAGCGAAGAUGGCAAGCAUCGAAACAUCUCUGCGCACCAUUUCACUGGCAUGACGAAGCAGAAGCAAGUAGGCGAUGUUGUCGUUCUACCAAUCACGAGCUUCAGUCCUGGUGUCCAGCAGAUGGGUUCUGAAGAAGCAGACAGCGACAUGGCUUUUGUUCAGCACGAGUUUUCAGGUAUGUCCACAUACGUACAUUAA